CUCUGUGGUGGCCUCAGCCAUCUUUUACGGUGUGGUCUGCUGGGGCGGCAGCAUCUCUGCCAGGGACAGGAAGAGACUGAACAGCUAAGAAAAUAACACAAGCUACCAUGUACUUUAUCUGCAAAGACCUACGUGGAAAAUGAGGGCCUUUCUUACAUGCUCAAGAAGCUGGAACCCAGGUAUGUGAUACCAUCACGACGUUUUUUCACGGACACAGCUGUACCCAGUCUCUACCUGGACGUGAAGCUUAAAGUUGAGCAAAGUUUGCACAGCACAGCAUAUUAACUUGUGACGCAUGGACCUCACGGGCUGUGGAUUCAUAUGUGACUAUAACAGCUCAUUAUCUCACAGCGGACUGGCGACUGCUGUCUUACGUUCUCCAAACUUGAACAUUACAUGAAAGUCACACCAAAGUGAACAUUGCUGAGUUCCUGCAAAAUGCAGCACAGGAAUCGGGGAUUGCCGACAAAAAUCUGGUGGUUGUCACCGACAAUGCUUCUAAUAUGACAAUUGCCAGUCGACUAGCGUGAUACCUGUACGUGAAGUUUUUCAAUCUGGCGUCACAACGAGCCUUAAAUCUGCCUGCGGUAGCCAGGGUCUUGGGGAGAGUGCGCCGCAUAACUGGCUUUUUCAAUUGAAGCACAGUGGCAAACCAAACUCUGGAGCAAAAACAGAAAAUCUUACAGCUCCCGACUCACAAGCUCAAGACCGACGUCUGCACAAGAUGGAACGGUGCUUAUGACAUGCGCCAGCGUUUCCUACCAUUUGUGCAGCAUCGCUGUCUCCCGAUGUGAGAAAGAGUAGCACAGAUAUCUUUACUCUAAAUAAGACAAAUAUUGGAAACACUGAAGAAAUUGUCUGGGCGUUAAGGUCAAUGCAAGUUGCGACUACUGUGAUGUCUGAGGAACAGAAUCCUACUCUCUCUUGUAGCACCGCUGCUAGCACAGCUGUUGCAUGUGUGGGUUUUCUACAGGAAGAAAAGAGGCAGCAGACCAUCUCUGAGCCAGAAGCCCAUGAACAUCAUGAAGAACUGACGACACUGAGCAAAAUCCCAGACCCCCUCUCAUAUCAGCCAGGAUGAUCAAGUCCUGUGGGCUAACAGACUUGCUGGUCAGACUUGUGGUGAUGUUGGAGCCCCACCAAAAUCAUUAUCUGCCAAAGCUGAGGAGGAGGUGAAAGGAUACCAGGAGGUCACACCACUGUCAUUCAUAGAAGACCCACUAAGCUGGUGGAAAUCCCACGAGCAAGCAAUCCUUUCUUGGCCACGCUGGCAAAAAGAUGCCUUUGUAUCCCAGGACAAGAUGGGCAAAGAAAUGCGGAAAAAACACAGAUGUCAGCAAUGUGAGAAGGCUUUCCACAACCUGAAGCAACUCAGGAGACAUCAGAGAUGUCACACUGAAGAAAGAUUGUACAGCUGUGAUCAGUGUGAGAAAACAUACAAAACAGUACGCACACUAAAUGUUCAUAAGAAAACGCACAGUGGAGAGAAACCACAUAUGUGUGAGGUGUGCGGCAGUGAAUUUAUCUCAUUGGCAAAGUUCUCAACUCACAUUCAACGGUAUCACACCGGAGAGAGACCGCACCAUUGUCAGCAAUGUGACAAAGUGUUUGUGACCCGAGGCGAACUAAAGAUUCAUCAGAUGGUUCACACAGGAGAAAAGCCAUACAGCUGCGGUGAGUGUGGGAAAAGUUUUUCAUGGCUUUCCAAUCUUCUCCGUCACCAGCGCAUCCACACUGGGGUGAAACGGUUCACCUGUGAGGAGUGUGGAAAAAGUUUCACUAGAUUAGAUAAUUUAAAGGCGCACAAGAACAUCCACACAAAAGAAAUGUUUUUCUCCUGUGAGCAGUGCGGUAAAGCUUUCUAUUCAUCAUCUAACCUUAGGACUCAUGUUGUUAUGCACACUGGAGAGAAAUCGCACAGAUGUGACCAGUGUGGGAAAACAUUCACCACGCCGCAACAGCUGAGAAUCCACACACGUAUUCACACUGGAGAAAAACCACACAAGUGCAGACACUGCGACAAGACUUUUAGUUCACAGGCUUCCCGCACAGUACAUGAAUGCAUCCACACUGGAACAAGACCGUACAGCUGUGAGGAGUGUGGGAAGCGUUUCACUUACUUCGGUGCUUUAAAGGUGCACAGGAACCACCACACAAAAGAAAUGCUUUUUUCCUGCGAGCAGUGCGGGAAGGUCUUCACUUCUCGUAGCGCAUUUUAUUAUCAUAAAAGGAUCCACCGAAAGAAACAGCAAUAAUGUGCACUUUGCGGAAAAAGAUUUGAAGGAGUACAAAUUCACUGCUGCACUCUCACUGAAGAUACAAUCUGAAAGUGUACUUUUCUUUGAAACAUGGAUACGAGUUGUUUUAGGCACAUUGUUCAGGCCUAUAUCAUUAUUGUGUUUCUGUUGCAUUAACCUCCUAAGACCCGAACUCUUCCACGACAUGCAUUUUUAAUUUCUCUUUGAUAUUUGGGCAUAUUGGGGCCCAAUGAAUGUAAAAACAAAGAAUUUC